AUGCCGCCCAUGUCUUUCGUAGGCGUGGUGACGAAGGUGGGGUGCAUGAACAAGACGGCCACGGUGACGGUUUCGCGAUGGGUCGUGCACAAAACUACGGGCAAGCGGAUAGAAAGGAGCAAGAAGUUCCUGACACAUGACGAGAAGAACCAGCUCCGCCUGGACGACACCGUCCUCAUCCGCAACUGCCCGCCCAUAUCGGCGCGCAAGCGCUUCAUGCUGGAGAAGAUUCUGAAGAGUCCGGAGACGGAGCGAGAGUUGGCGCACGCGCACAAGGAGCCGACUGCCGAGCAGAGCACUGCUGCUUCACCAUCGAUCGACAUCCUCGGCAUGAUAUGA